CUUUUCCCAAACAAAGCUCCCGGGCAACUUUCUCCCUCGCAGCGCCCCGCCCGCCCGCGGCUCCCCAGCCCCAGGCCGGGAGGUAGGAAGGCUCCGGCGGGAGUCGGGGAUCCAGCUUUGGGGCCCAGAUGGGGGAACCCCGGGCUGGGGCCCCCCUGGACGAUGGCAGUGGCUGGACAGGAAGUGAGGAAGGAAGUGAGGAGGGCACCGGCGGCAGCGAGGGGGCUGGGGGAGAUGGGGGCCCAGACGCAGAAGGUGUGUGGAGUCCAGACAUCGAGCAGAGCUUCCAGGAGGCCCUGGCGAUCUACCCACCAUGUGGCCGGCGGAAAAUCAUCCUGUCUGAUGAAGGCAAGAUGUAUGGUCGGAAUGAACUGAUUGCCCGCUACAUCAAGCUGAGAACAGGGAAGACCCGAACCCGCAAACAGGUCUCUAGCCACAUCCAGGUUCUGGCUCGAAGGAAAUCAAGGGAAAUCCAGUCCAAGCUCAAGGCCUUGAAUGUGGACCAGGUUUCCAAGGACAAGGCUUUCCAGACAAUGGCCACCAUGUCCUCAGCCCAGCUCAUCUCAGCACCUUCCCUGCAGGCCAAACUGGGUCCUGCUGGUCCUCAGGCCUCUGAGCUUUUCCAGUUUUGGUCAGGGGGCUCUGGGUCCCCCUGGAAUGUUCCAGAUGUGAAGCCAUUCUCACAGACGCCGUUCUCGUUGUCACUGACCCCCCCAUCUACUGACCUCCCAGGGUACGAGCCCCCCCAAGCCCUCUCACCCCCUGCCCUGCCCCCACCUGCCCCGUCACCCCCAGCCUGGCAGGCUCGGGCCCUGGGCACUGCCCGAUUGCAGCUGGUAGAGUUCUCAGCCUUUGUGGAACCGCCGGAUGCAGUCGACUCUUACCAGAGGCACCUGUUCGUACACAUCAGCCAGCACUGCCCCAGCCCUGGAGCGCCCCCCCUCGAGAGUGUGGACGUCCGGCAGAUCUAUGACAAAUUCCCUGAGAAAAAGGGUGGCUUGCGGGAGUUGUACGAUCGCGGGCCCCCUCACGCCUUCUUCCUGGUCAAGUUCUGGGCGGACCUGAACUGGGGCCCUAGUGGUGAAGAGGUAGGGGCCGGCGGCAGCAGUGGUGGUUUCUAUGGAGUGAGCAGCCAGUACGAGAGCCUGGAGCACAUGACCCUCACCUGUUCCUCCAAGGUCUGCUCCUUUGGCAAGCAGGUGGUGGAGAAGGUGGAGACGGAGCGUGCCCAGCUGGAGGACGGGAGGUUUGUGUACCGCCUGCUGCGCUCACCCAUGUGUGAGUACCUGGUGAAUUUCUUGCACAAACUUCGGCAGCUGCCUGAGCGCUAUAUGAUGAACAGUGUCCUGGAGAACUUCACCAUCCUCCAGGUGGUAACAAACCGAGACACCCAGGAGCUGCUGCUCUGCACUGCCUACGUCUUUGAGGUCUCCACCAGCGAGCGGGGGGCCCAGCACCACAUUUACCGUCUGGUCAGGGACUGAAAGGGGACCCCAAAAGUGGCUCAUGCCCGGAAUACCCUCCUUCCAGGAAGGACCCCCAGCUUUCUUCAUGCUUAUUUGGGGAGGGGGCGCUGAUCCCUGUUAGAGGGGACCUUACAAAGCUGGGUGGCAAGCUGGAAGGUUGGAUCCUGAUAUUGGGACUUCACAGUGGUGUCUGAAAGGACAGAUCACUCCAGAGCAUGGGAACUGGGGACAGGAGUGAGACAACCCUGAGGUAUAGCACUGGUUUCUCAGUCUCUUAACAGGUGCCCUCCCCCAACUUGGCUCUGGAUGUUUUGGUGGGGGGGGGGCUUUGAUAUGGUUUGUCCCUCUGUCUUUCAGCACACCCCCAUCUCCCUUUCUUCCCAACCUGCCUCUCCUUACCACCCUCACCCUGUGACCUUAAGAUCAAGAUCGAAUAUUGAAGGUUAACCCUUUCUGUGCCGGAGCAGAGCCAGGUGGGCCCUGGAAAUAUUUUUUUUAAUAUAACAAGAGAUAUUUAUAAGUGGG